UACACUCUGACUGCCUGGCAUAAUCUUAAUUUCUCUCGUCACCAUUACAUGGGGUCAUGAAGUAAAGAUAGAGCGCGGCCUCGCCCGCCCGCUGAGCGCGCAGUCAUCUGUAAUGCUUGUACACUGUACUCCGUAUCUGACAAGACGACGGUAACUUUCGCAGGCGAAUGCUGCGGAUUGGGACCAUGCCCUUCGUUUUUCUUCGCGAAAACUCCAUACGGAUACCUACCCCAGAGACGCAGAGACGGCCGCCGCCCCCUCAACCUCAACCCUCCUCUACCGCUGUGCCGUCUCACGACCAACCCGGCCCGCGGGAAAGAGGAGGGCUGCUGACCAACAACCCCGGUUCGAAAUCUCACACCGAGACGGGAGUCCCCGGAACCGGUCAGCGCUAUGGAGGGAGGGAUGCAAUUCCCGCCCGCUCUCCCUUUCCCCCCAUGUGACGGUGACAUGCCAUGUCGAAAUGUCGAUGAAGCGCGUGAACGGGCGCAAAGAGCCCCGCUAUCGAUGCCGGGGACAAGGGGAAACGCGAUUUUGGGUUUUGACCGUUUGCAAAAGGCGCAUUCUCACUGCCCUUCAGAGGCACAGAGGCGCGGACUGGAAGGCAGGAUGUCCAUCACAUCCCGAGGUCUUCUACCGGCCGAGGGUAAGUAUGUCUGGAGUCGGUCCGACGUUGUCACGUUGGCUGUUUCUUCCCUCUCGGCUUCGAGAUGCAGCAGCCAUGCUAAUCGAUGUCUCUUCUAUGCCUCGGAUUCGGAGACAUGGUGCCAACUCCGAGCGACAAGUCUUUUGGACAGACGUUGCCGUCGUUGUCAUCCUUACUACAAAUCACUCCAUCCCCGGCAUAUCCACCCAUCCUUUCAUCCCUCCAACUCUCUCUCUCUCUCUCUCUCUCUCUCUCUCUUGCGAAAAAGACCGAUUCCGUGGAAAUAUGACCUAUCAUAAAACAGGGAACACCAGAAAGUGCCAGGAAUCGAACGUGAUGGCGGUAGAUCGCCCGCUUUUUUUCGUUGAAGAAUUCACUGUUUCCCCCCCCCCCCCCCUUCCCUUUUCCCCUUCCCUCCUUUUUGUCCCCCUGUCCCUACAUCCGGAUCCUACCGCUUGGUAAGAAGUGCCUUUUUGGUGGUUGGUUAUAGGGUAAGGUGAGCUAAGAAAAAGGAAUGGGAAGCAAGGGAAGACUGACCGGGCUA